AAAGUGUAUUCAUUGCAUGUAAAAUAUAUCGGCAUGCGAUGACGUCACAUCCGGUUUCGCCGCGUCUUGUGGGAAAACACCGGUUUGAAAUUAGCGCGAGGGUGGGGGCUCACCACGAGGCUCACCUGAGCACAAGCAGUUUUGCAGGCAUUAGAAAUCACAGUGAGAGCAACGCUUUUUCACCAUAUGUUAAUGUGAAGAGUGAACAGUAAAUGGUUAAUCUUACUGCGAUCUGGUUUGCAUUGGCUGUGGUUUAUCCGGACGUUAAAUUCGGCGUUUCGUUACACCCGAAGGAGAACGUUACAGUGAAAAAGCGGCAUUAUCAGGUGUUUCAAGUGCUGCAAUGUCAGCUCAAUCCAGCAUCAAGUCGACGCCGCCCAGCGACAAGGGCAGUAAACCGACAUCAAGUAAGCCCACCCGGGCGUUAUCAGGUGUUCCAAGUGCUGCAAUGUCAGCUCGAUCCGGGAUCAAGUCGAUGGCGCCCAGCGACAAGGGCAGUAGAACGACAUCAAGUAAGUCCGCACAGGCAAGAGCCAAGGCAGAAGCCGCCAAGGUGCUACUGCGUUACGCCAGACAAGAAGCAGUUUUGAAAAUGAAACUGGCCACCAGAGAAGCCGAAAUCCAGAAAGAAAGGGCCGCCAGAGAAGCCGAAAGGGCCGCCAGACAAAGAGAAGAGGCUGCCAGAGAAGCCGAAAUCCAGAAAGAAAGGGCAGCCAGAGAAGCCGAAGAGGCUGCCAGACAAAGAGAAGAGGCCGCCAGAGAAGCCGAAACCCAGUUGGAAAUGGCAAAAAUAUCGACAGAGUUGCAAGUGCUGCAGCUAGAAAGAGAAGAAGAAGCUGCCAUGGCGGAAGCAAAGUACAUAGAACAAGCUGAAGGGUCGCGUGAUCUGACCGAAGUAAGAUCUACUUUAGAAAGGACCAGACUGGAACGCACAAGCGACUAUGUACAAUAUCAAAUAGACAGGCAGGCUCGUCUCCCCUCUCCAUACGUAUUCGAUAACUUCCCCAGCUACGAGGAACCUCAGAGAGUCACGAUUGCAUCACAUCCAUACGAGGAAGGAAAUUUACCCUCACGGCUCCGUGAUGAAGUCAAGAAUGAAAGAACCGACAACGCUCCUUCACCCCCACAACAGGACGGCGGGGAGGGAGAGGUUCACUCCAGGACAACAAUUGUCAGCUCGAACUGUACAGAAGUUUGCGGUCAAACUCAGUCAAGCCGUUCUUGUUCCGAGAUCUGCCUCACUGAGGUGUACCCUAAAGAAGCACAACAAGACAUUACCAAGCGUAAAGUAACCGACAAGACGCUAGGUCAGUCAGUUUUCGUUCAAACCGAGGACGGAAACAAACUUGCACAAUCAGCUCAAGAUACCAUUUCUUUAAAACCCAAAGACACCAAGGUCUUCAGAGAUGAAGCAAGCAAUGGGGUUGCCCCAUUGCCUUUCAGAGAACCACGCCAGCGCUCACCAGAUAACAAAGAGCAGGCAGUCAAACGGUUCACGUCCUUACGGAAAACCCGGAAAAGGAAACCUGAGAUGCAGCAACACACCCGAUUGGCCCACGAGAGCAUUUUUGCUCGUUUUACACCAAGGACAAUGGCGGUAGCUCUUGAGCACAAAACAUGUUUGCCGUUUACACUGUUAUCCUCACAACUGAUGAACAUGUGA